AUGCAGGUAUUCUCCUGGCCAAAUCCUCCAAAAUUCAAGAAGAAGGCGCCACCAAAAAUACCAUCUUCGUAUACAUCUUUCGGUACAAGAUAUGAGGUGGUUAGCGGUACACCUGUAAACACAUCAUUUUCAUCCACAGAGUUUGACAAGAGUAAGCUCAGGGAGCUUGUUAAUCUCUCGUUUUCCACAUUUGUUGAGCUGCUAUCAUUCCCUCCCGGCCAUGAAGAGCUAAUAGAAACAAUCAGCAGUAUACAUCUUGAAAUCAACCAAAUCCUUAAUGGAGGCAAAGGAAUGGAGGCUGCGUCUGAGAUCAGGAGAAUUAGGAACGAUCAUACAAGAAAUAAGAAUAGAGUUGCAGAGGAGGUUCGAAAGAAGAUAUUAAACUUCAAAAUAUAA